AUGGUUCGCGCGGACCAAGGUAUUCAGGGCCGUUCGGCUCCUCGUUCCAAAUCAAGGUCGUCUGCGACCGCUUCGAUCCGAGCUCGCACUUCCACCUCAGCACCCAAAGUCGCUGCUGCUCCACCCACGCAGAUCACCAAGGCAGCCAAGCGUGCCAUGAAGCGUGCCGAGCUUAUGUCCAAGGUCAAUCCCACAACUCACGUCUCGUUGCUCAACCUCGAACCAGCUAACGGCUCGCUCUCCAAAUCGUCGCUCAGGAGACAGAAGAGGAAACAGAAAGAACAGCUGGCGGGUAACACGACCGGCUUGAAGGACCUCGCAGAAGCCAUGAACGAGGUCGCCCAACAGGUUCAAGAGGAGGAAGAGGAGGAAGCAGACGUAUUUGAUCUGGAAGGCGACGACGACGAUGAUGGCAUGGAAGAUGAGCUUUCAAGACAACAGAAGCGUACAUCCUCGGCAUACCCACUCGUCGGAGCGCAAAAGACGAGAAAGGACGCCACCGUCACUGAAAAGGCAAGAAAGAAGGCCUUAACUCUGGAAUCGCAACGCCAAAACUUGAUCCUCUCCGACCCAGCAUACACGAAAAACCCUUUCGCAGCGCUCCGUCUGCACGCGCAAAACACACUGGCUUUCGAUAAGGGUGCAUCCAAGCCCAAACACUGA